UCAUUGCUUUUACGAACAUACGUAGUUGAUUGUUUUUUUUCUUCGUGAUUAUAUAUUUUGUCGUGCAAUGGAUGAAUUAAUAGAAAUUUUAAUUGAGUUGGAAGGCGAACCGUUUUUGAACGUGUUUAUUGAAAGCGGUCUAACUAAGGAAUCAUUGAAGCUCCUAAAGCCAAGCCAUUUGGAUACAUUGAUCGACACAUCGCAGUUUGGACCAAGGGUAAUUUUUGAGCAUAAUCUGCUCAAUUGGCAAGCGCAACAGGGAAUAAAAACACAAGCCAUUCACACUGAGGCAUGCGCUUUAUUGGCAAAUGAAUAUCGUGGCGAGGAAUCUUUUGAAGCAAUACUCAGUAAGUCGGUGGGUGGAUCACAAAUCCUGAAAUACUAUGCGCAAAAAAAGUGUCUCACUCCAAAGUAUAGGAAAUUUCUAGCUGCAACAGUUGCAAAUUAUUUUAUUUCUGCUGAAGUACAUCCAAACCCUAAAACAUUUGAAGCUUUCGCCAAUAAAAUUGUGGAUUUAUUUACGAGUGAAUCUAAAGAUAUAUAUUACAUUCAUAAGAAAGGAAAAAAGCCAGGUGGAUCUCUGUAUGCUAAGUACCACAGUGUAUUAUUGAAACUUAGACGGGAUGGUCUUAUUUCCAAAAGAGAUGUAGAACCAACAACAAAAGGAACGGAGAUUAAUUCUUGCGUAACAGAUUGCAUUCAAGAAAAAUCAUGGUUAAAGUAUAACGUUGAACCAUUCGAUGAAGUUCAACUAAAAUGGGAAGCGACUUUUGCUGUGCGACGACAAAUGCUACAAAAAGAUGCCAAUUUAAAUACAAUUUUAGAAGUAUGGCCUCAGUAUAAGCAGAGUUUUGGACAUUUAAUGAUAGAACUGGAUUUUAAGAAGCUGUACCCCGAAAAGCAAAAUUUGUUAUUUGAUAAAUGGGAGAGCUUCUGCCAAGCGAUUCCACCUUUGCUAGAAAUUUACAUUAAAGAUUCAAACAGCUUAACUACUUGGAGGCAGUUUAAAGAAGGAAGCAUCAAUGCUGAUGCAAAAGACUUAGUCAUUUUUUAUCUUCUACACUCUGUCUUAAUUCCAACUGGCCGAACAUAUAGAACAUGCAAACAGACAAAAAAAAAACACUUCAUCAUGUACACUAUUGCAGAUUCAAGAAAUAGUUUCUUACUGUGGGCACCGACAAGUAGUGAACUUCAGUCAAAAUUGAAAUUAAUGGUAGAUGCAAAUUAUAUGGAUAAAAGUACGAUUCAGCCAAUUAUAUGUCCCAUUGGAUUGGAUUAUUGCAAGGAAUAUUAUGUGUAUUUCGCCGAUAUAUUUUAUAAGUUCGAUAACCUAAUCAAGUGUAUUGAUGUGUGUUUUAAAACAUUCCAUGUACUUAACCUUGAGUAUCCGCCCGAAUUUGUACCAGAGAAUGUUAAUGGUUGCACCUUAUCUGUCUUAGACCAGUGA